ACAAGAGCGGUGUCUGCCAAUUGUAUAUAUUAGUGGUGUUACCGUAGUCGCAAGAAACGCACCAGGAGGAAAAAUCAAUUACCGAGCGCACUAUUAAGAAAUAGGUGGCACCACCGCACCCGCCUCCAGUAGUGUUGGAGGAGGGGUAAACCUAGUGCCUUUUCCACCCCCUCAUUCAUUAACUACUCUACUUGGCGAGGAGUUGGAAGGCACCGGGACUUCGUCAAGCCCACACUCACUCCCCGCCCAGGCCCUAGAUUGCCUCGGUGUGCAGCUCCUGGUCCCCAGCACUCCAGCAUCUCUAAGACGAGAUGUUGAUGGCGGCCCUGACUGUCCCUGUGGUCAUCGGUCCGCCCCUCUGCCCCGCCCAUUCCAUCCGUGACCCCUGCCGUGACCCUGUGACCUCCCAGCCACGCAUACCACCUGCCCAGGUGGUGAGCUGUCAACACCAGGUGGCCAGGCUCAGAGGCGCUGACGGGGGGUGUGACCCGGCCUCCGACGGGUGUGACCCGGCCUCCGACGGGUGUGACCCGGCCCCCGACGGGUGUGACCCGGCCUCCGACGGGUGUGACCCGGCCUCCGACGGGUGUGACCCGCCCAUCUUGAGAGUAGCAGCGGGUGACGUGACGUACCGAGGAGAAGGAGCUGACCAUGUCGUCCUCAGGGUCAUCAACACGGGUCAAGUGCUACGACUUCGGAAGACUUUGGUCCGGGGGCCGGUAACCAGCAGGGAGGAACUGGUUCUCCGGGCCGCCCGAGACAGAGAGGUUCUUCGCCACGUUGCCCGUCGUAUUCUCGGACCCUUGCUCACCGACGAGUCACAGUUGGUCACCCUCAACCCGGACACCCUAGCAGCUCUCAGGCGCACCGUCGAGCCCCGAAGACAGGGUCAUCGCCAACACAAGGAAAUAAACAAACAUGGCAUUGCUAGCAUCUGUCCAGAUGCAGCCAGCAUCUUUAUCAACCGACGAGAGACUUCUCUACCCUCUUCGUUUUCCAUAACCACCUCAUCACUGUCUUCCCUAGUGACAUCGUCAUUGCCAUCAUCAUCUGUAACAUCAGCAACUUCUUCCUUCACCGCAUCACCCAUGGAAUCUCUAAGAACAAAUGUGAUUAUGAAUCUCGGAGAAUCUCGGAUCAGUACAAGUAUGUCUUCAAAAUCAGGAUCUUUUCUGCGUGAUGAUCUCAACUCUAGAAUCUCGUCUAGAGUUAGUGUUGUAGAAAGUUGUGACUAUGAUGAAAACACAUCAGCUAGUAAACCUACUCUAGAAACUAGAAAUAUGCUAGCUGUAGCAUCAAGUACCUCAGUGUCUGAACUCAAGAAUGUGUGUAUAGAGAUUAAGCCCAAACAAGGUUUCUUGGACUACUCUACUCCAGAUCUUCCAUUGUGCCGCUAUUGUGUCAAACAGUUUCUUAAGCGUAGGAAGGACCACCACUCUCGGAGCUCUUAUUGUCCCCUUGAUCUCUACUCUGGAGAUGUAGAGAGGAUGCGACGGGCAGUGGAUGGCCUUAUACAGUCACCGCAGAACAACUUUAAGGUUUUUCAGGAUGGAGAGCCAGUGGAGGACUGUAGACCCUUCAGUUACCUGCGUGAUGUCAUUAUUACAGCGCUGACAUUCAACUUCUCAUCAGGAAAUGCCAGAGUCCCUAAGCACUCUGGGCCUCUGAGUGCCAGGUCUCCUCUGGGCAGGAUCCUGGCCUUCCAAACUUUGGAUGAUCUUGGGGUGUUCAGGGCCAGGAGACUGUACCAGGGCCUGGUGAGUAGAGUGGGUACCAUGCAGGAUGCCGACAUACUCCUUCAGGACCUGGGCCGAUGGACAGAUGACAGUGCCUCGCUCUACCUGCAGUGCGGCAGACAUAAGCACAAGCAUCACUGUGGCAACACUUGCCACACUAGGAAGAGGAAGCAUCAUCUCCUGAGUAAUGGUUUAAUUAAACCAGUUAUUAAUGCUGACUCGAGUGUAAAUGUUGACCAGCAAAGUAUUGCAGAUAUCAUUACCAGGGAUGGUGACAUUCAUUUGGCAAACGUUGAUGGUAUGAAAGUUAGUACCUGUACUGAAAAUGGGAGACUUGAGAGUGGUUCCAGUGAUCACUUAGCAGUAGAUGGUAGUGAAGAUGAGGAAGAGGCAAGUGAGGAGGAGACAGUGAGGAAGCUCCAGAACUACCUGCUCUCUACCACAGCCAAGGAUCUCUCCCUCAUGAUCCUGCUGAGUGGACCUCACACCAGUUCCCUGCCCCACUGCACAACUGCCAACACCUCCCCCUUUACCAUCGUAUUGGAGGACGGAGUCUGGUUCAAGUGUCAGGUGACUGGGGUUGACCUCGUUGCUAAGCCUCCAAGCAAGAUACUCAAGCAUGAACAGGACUACCAGCGGCUUAAGGAGGUGCUGCUUGAGCUUAGGAACAGAGGAUUCCAUGCCGGGGCAGCAUACUCAAGAAUGGGGUUCACAAAGGAUGUGUACAGUACUUGGACGUGCAGAUAGAAGCUCUCUGCUACACCACACGACUGAUAUGAUCAGUUGAGGGGCGGAGUCUACGGCGUGGCCACGCCCACCGAGGUAUAAAAGCAGGUCUGGUGGUGUGGAGGAUCAGUGUGCGUGAGCCCGUCGGCCAGGCAACAUGGAGUGUACCUUCCUCCGUAAG